GUGCCCAAAAGUCACCUGUGUGAUGCCUGGUUUUGAGGGUAAAUCUUUCUGGGUUAAAAGGGCUCCUUCUCCAGCAUAAUGUAUCCAUUUCUUUCAUGUGUAUUUCAGAACUGGUUAAAAUCAUAUGGCUAUUUGCUUCCCUAUGAGUCACGGGCAUCUGCGUUGCAUUCAGGGAAAGCCUUGCAGUCAGCGGUCUCCACUAUGCAGCAGUUCUAUGGAAUCCCCGUCACUGGUGUGUUGGAUCAGACAACAAUCGAGUGGAUGAAGAAGCCCCGAUGUGGUGUCCCUGAUCACCCCCACUUGAGCCGGAGGCGGAGAAAUAAGCGCUAUGCCCUGACCGGACAGAAGUGGAGGCAAAAACACAUCACCUACAGCAUUCACAACUACACCCCAAAAGUGGGUGAGCUGGACACACGGAAAGCUAUUCGCCAGGCUUUUGAUGUGUGGCAGAAGGUGACCCCAUUGACCUUUGAAGAGGUGCCAUACCAUGAGAUCAAAAGUGACCGGAAGGAGGCAGACAUCAUGAUCUUCUUUGCUUCUGGUUUCCAUGGUGAUAGCUCCCCAUUUGAUGGGGAAGGAGGAUUCCUAGCCCAUGCCUACUUUCCUGGACCAGGGAUUGGAGGAGACACUCACUUUGAUUCAGAUGAGCCAUGGACACUAGGAAAUGCCAAUCACGAUGGGAACGACCUCUUCCUAGUGGCUGUGCAUGAACUGGGCCACGCACUGGGACUGGAGCACUCCAAUGACCCCAGCGCCAUCAUGGCACCCUUCUACCAGUACAUGGAGACGCACAACUUCAAGCUGCCCCAGGAUGACCUCCAGGGCAUCCAGAAGAUUUACGGACCCCCGGCUGAGCCUCUGGAGCCCACAAGGCCCCUCCCCACACUCCCGGUUCGCAGGAUCCACUCACCAUCUGAGAGGAAGCAUGAACGGCAGCCCAGGCCCCCUCGACCACCUCUUGGGGACCGUCCAUCCACUCCAGGUGCCAAACCCAACAUCUGUGAUGGCAACUUCAACACGGUGGCCCUCUUCCGGGGCGAGAUGUUUGUGUUUAAGGAUCGCUGGUUCUGGCGCCUGCGCAAUAACCGAGUGCAGGAGGGAUACCCCAUGCAGAUUGAGCAGUUCUGGAAGGGCCUGCCUGCUCGCAUAGAUGCAGCCUAUGAAAGGGCUGAUGGAAGAUUUGUCUUCUUCAAAGGCGACAAGUACUGGGUGUUCAAAGAGGUCACAGUAGAACCUGGGUAUCCCCAUAGCUUGGGAGAGCUGGGCAGCUGCCUGCCACGUGAAGGGAUCGACACAGCUCUGCGCUGGGAACCUGUGGGCAAGACCUAUUUUUUCAAAGGCGAGCGGUACUGGCGCUACAGUGAGGAACGGCGGGCCACAGACCCUGGCUACCCCAAGCCCAUCACCGUGUGGAAAGGCAUUCCUCAGGCUCCCCAAGGAGCAUUCAUCAGCAAGGAAGGAUAUUAUACCUACUUCUACAAAGGUCGGGACUACUGGAAGUUUGACAACCAGAAACUGAGUGUGGAGCCAGGCUACCCACGCAACAUCCUGCGUGACUGGAUGGGCUGCAACCAGAAGGAGGUGGAGCGACGCAAGGAGCGGCGGCUGCCCCAGGAUGAUGUGGACAUCAUGGUGACCAUCAAUGAUGUGCCAGGCUCUGUGAAUGCUGUGGCCGUGGUCAUUCCCUGCAUCCUGUCCCUUUGCAUCCUGGUGCUGGUCUACACUAUCUUCCAGUUCAAGAACAAGGCAGGCCCUCAGCCUGUCACCUACUAUAAGCGGCCAGUCCAGGAGUGGGUGUGAGCAGCCCAGAGCCCUCUCUGUCCACCUGGUCUGGCCAGCCAGACCCUUCCUCACCAGGGUCUGAGAGGCAGCUCUAGCCACUGCCCACUGGGGCCAGUAGGGCCCUAGGCCAGGUUCGUAUAGCUGAAGUGGUGGGUGCAUUGGUCUAGGCUGAGUGUGAGGCAGGGAGUGAUGGUGGCUAUGCCCCGGGUGGGUGUCUGGCACCCAGCUGCCAGCCUUCUGUCCUGGGUAAAACUCUCUACUCAAGGGAAUAUGCCAGGCCCCAUCAGGAGGCAGGGAUCAUGCCAGAAGAAGCCCCUGAGGUCACUGCAUCCUGUGGUAUCCAUGAGGCACCACAGCUCGUCGUGGCUGGGACCCAGCACCCUCUGUGGCAAACCAGCACUAGCUCUCAUCCCCCAUCUGGGAGAUGCCACCAGUCCCAGUCCCCUUCUGCCAACACCUGCUGGUCAGAUGUCCCCUCACCCCUACCCCACUAUCCUCCAAGGCUGCAGUACUCCUGUUGCCAACACAGUGGGCAACAAGAUUGGGUUUCUCCAGCUGACAAACAGCAGAUCCCUCAGGAAACCUGCUCCAUUUGUCAGGUCUCCUUUGAGACCCAGGAUUUAGGGUCACAUGCUGCAGGCAGGGCUGUGGCCCCGCUGGUCGGACAAGGACCCGGCUGUCAUGUCGUGAAUAUUUAAAUAUCCUAUCACUACUGUUUAAAGUUCCAUUUUGCAAAGGAUACUUGAGGCUUUAGGUCAAUUAGAGGUUGACUGUCUUGGUGAUGAGGUCAGUAUGUUGGUCCUUCCCCAAGCACUAAGGACCAAGGUGCUGCUAAAGCCACUCCAGCACCCUGAUACAAGCUGGGGUCCUGUCAAUGAGGUUCAAGAGUGGGGCAGGAGCUGAACCUGUUUCUAGAGGCCGAUCCAAGUUUGUGACCAUUCUCUACUUCCCUUCCAUUAAUGCUGUCCCCAGCCCUGUUCCAGUCUGUCCUUUGCAGCCUGGGGACUCAGCCUGACCAGUUAGAUGAAGCAGAUGUGGCUAUAGAGCCAUCCCUGUCAUGGGCUCAGAGUAAGGGAACCAGGGCAGCCUUUUAAGUACUCCAUUCACAUGCCCAGCAACCCUAAGGCAACUCAAGUCUGGAGAGUGUUUAUGCUCCAAUCUUGACCCUGGCAGCCCAGCUCACUGGGCCCAUCUUCCUGCAUUGCUCUUAGUAAAAGGGUACUCCCCGGCUGGGAAUAGCCCCAAGCCUAGGGACUUCCCUUUUUGACCUCUGGGGGCCCCUUUCACAUCUGGCAGAAGUUCCUAGGUCUCAGCUUGACUUGCACCAAUCUGAUAGCCAUGCUUGUUGCUGAGAAACCCUAGGCGUCAAGACCAAUGGGUACAGUGAUGUUCACUGGCUCUCUGCCAAAGCCCAAAAGUGGUGUCAGGCAGUCUUCAGGGUGCUAGCAGGGACUAAGAUGCCAACCCUGCCCUCUGAGCCUGCAUGGACCUCGCUCCCACCCUGUGGCCUCUGGGUUUUGGGUCGGCUUACCCUGUAGCACAGACAGGGACCCCUGCUGCCUUGGGAACUGUAAAGUCUCUUGUCCCAGAAGCAUCUACGUGGGUCCACUGUGUCCCCUGUCAUCAUCAUCCUGUUUUUCUCAUUUUGGCCAAGGGCAGGCUCCCUGGGGCAGGCAGGGAACAACUGCAGAGAUUUAGUGAUUCAUAGGUUUGUACAGUGUUUUAUACUUUGCAAAGCACUUUAUUAGCUCACAUCUGUCCACUCACAUGAAACUCUGUAGGCCCUGGGAGGCUGAGGCAACUCUCAUCUUGCCCUCAGUUGAAGCACAGGGGGGUCUUGUUAUUUGCCCCUGCCAUCCAGUGGCCUGGCUGGGUCUUGAGUUCCCAUCUGUGGGCCCUUCUAGGGUCUGAGAUCAAUGUCUCUCUACUCCUCUCUUCCUGGCCUCACUUCCUGGUCCCUUUCCUCAGGUUGGUGCUCUUACUUCUUGAAAGCUCUAGGCCCCGCAGGCUCCCUGUUGGCUCCUGGUACAGGCCAGCUGAGAAAGAGCAGGAGAUGGAGGCAGGCAGCCCAGGCUGCAGAUGUGAGGGAUGCAGGGCCAGGCCCAGAGAGGGCUCAGCCUGGAGGCUUCCAAUCUUGGAUUCUCUGCCUGCAGUCAUCUGUUUGUCCAUCACCCCAGGUCAGAGCAGUCAGAGGGGCAAAGCUAUGGGGGCCCCCCAGCUCAGUUUUCCCUCAGCCUGGGGGACAUCACAGCAUUUCAGUGUCGGUCACAUUUUAAACUGAUCAGCCUUUGUAUAAUGUUUUUUAAAUCAUUUCUAAAUAAAACAGAAAUACAGAGUGUGUCUUUUUCAUGGGUUGUGGGAACAAAGACCGGAGUCUAAGAGUGCUCUUAAGUUUCUGGGAGAAAAAGGAUGCUUGGGGUGUCCUGGAAUUAACUGCCUCAUGCAUCUUCCAUCCAGCAAUCAGAUGUCCCCUCUCCCAAAGGCCGGGGAGCAACCACCUUCUGAGUACGGCAGGGUCACACAGGCUGCCCCAGGACACUGCUGGAGAGGGGCUUAGAGGUGAGCACAAAGGUCUGAGCUGGGUUUAGGGGCUGGUGGGGGAGGGAACAGGUUCGAGAUUGGAGCCAGGACUUCCAGUCUCCACCUUUCUUGAUUCUUUGUCCAGAGUGACGGGGUUAUAGGGGUGAGAAAACAAAAGCUGGCCAGGCCAAAGAGGGCACGGAAGCCGGGGCGGCCGUGUCAG